CGAUGUUUUAGAGGUUUUCGUUUUUGUUAUUUUGAAUUUUUUGCGGUUGGUUUUUUGUGGUUUUUACACUCCGCUUAUAAUGGCGAGCUCGGCUAACUCGAAUCCAGUGCCUAAACUGUACCGGUCAGUGAUCGAGGAUGUGAUUAACGAUGUGCGGGAGCUCUUCCUCGAUGAGGGAGUCGACGAGCAGGUCCUCCUGGAGCUGAGAACGCUGUGGGAGAGCAAGCUGAUGCAGUCCAAGGCGGUGGAGGGCUUCCACACGGAGGAGCAGCAGGCCCAGGCCCAGGUGCAGCAGGUGCAGCAGGUCCAGCACGCCACCCAGCAGCCGCAGGCCCAACCCCAGCAGGUCAUCCUGCCCCCGGCCCAGCCAGCUCCACCACCACAGGUCAUCGUUCAGGAUCCGAAGCUCUUGCAGCACAUGACCACCACAGGAAUGAGCGCAGCCGCCACGGCCGCCACCCUGGCUCUGCCCACAGGAAUGGGUCCGUACCAGCAGCUGAUCACUAGCCAAGGCCAGAUUCUGCAGGUGGUGAGAGCUCCCAACGGCGCACAGUACAUCAUCCAGCCCCAGCAGCAGGUGGUGCUGCAGCAGCAGGUUCUGCCUCAGAUGCAGCCUGGCGGAGUGCAGGCCCCAGUCAUUCAGCAGGUGCUGGCCCCUCUGCAGGGAGGCAUCCCCCAGCAGACAGGUGUGAUAAUCCAGCCGCAGCAGAUUGUCCUGGCUGGAAACAAGGUCCCACAGAACGCCCAGGUCAUGCAGGCGGCCAUGGCUGCGCAGCCGGGGCAGGGAGCUGCGCAGGCGCAGGUGCAGCAGCAGCCGCAGCAGCAGCAGGCGCAGCCCCCGCAGCCGCAGCAGCAGCAAGCGCAGCCCCCGCAGCCCCAGCAGCAGCAGCCUCCCAUGAUGCUCCAGGUGGACGGGGCGGGGGACACGUCCUCCGAAGAGGAAGAGGAGGACGAAUAUGACGAAGACGAGGAGGACGACAAAGAUAAAGAUGGUGCGGAGGACGGACAAGUCGAGGAGGAGCCUCUGAACAGCGGGGACGAUGUGAGCGACGAGGAGGGCCAGGAGCUGUUUGACACGGAGAACGUGGUCGUGUGCCAGUAUGACAAGAUCCACAGAAGUAAGAACAAAUGGAAAUUCCACCUCAAAGACGGAAUCAUGAACCUGAACGGGAGAGAUUACGUGUUCUCCAAAGCCAUCGGGGACGCGGAGUGGUAGAACAAGGGACUCCGGAACUUUCCGACGGACGAUAACGCAAGACACAUCAAAACUCGGACAUAAGUGCAUUUCGGAGGACGCUCUGAGAGGUGCACGGGAACCUGAGAAUACCGGACGUGCAGACGAUGACACUUGUACACACAAGCAAAGCCUCCCUCUCUGCGCCACCUGCAGGUGGUGCCAGUUCUUAUAUUUGCAACACAUUUCUGGUGACUGGAUCCUGGAAGUACAGGUUUUCUGAUUCAGUUCCAUUCACCUGUAAGUUGUACAUCUUGUAGAAAUAGUGGACCAGGCAAAAAUCGAAAUUUUCACCCACCCUCAGGCGCAAGGUUCAACAGCUGGUGGCACCGGUGAGGUUUUCUAUUGGUUUAAAAAUAAUCCAGAGAGCUCGGUCAAAACAUCAGCAGGGUCAGCCUCCUGUGAUCGACGCACACUAGUGAUAGUGUACACCGCUGGGCAAGUUUCCAGCCUUUUUGCACAGCGUGCUUUUCAGGCUUAAUGUAGCUAGUCCCGGUCACAGAGCUGUUCUAGCGGUUAUAUUCCUGCCAGGUACUCUUAUCAAAAUCGUUUACCUGUUAACUGUGUCUGAAGGAGCCUUGCACCACAU